AUGUCCUCACUGUAUAUGCAUGAAAUGGAAGGGGACUUUGCUAAGGAAAUGGAUCUUCUGCUCUUUCCUUUGCAAGAAAAGAUUAGGCUCAUGGAGGCAGAACUUGCAGCUAAUUGUACAGAAGCGGCAGCAUUUGAUUCUCCGAGUAUCAUGGUAGAAGAGUUUAAGCUUUUGGAGAUUAAUAACAAUGAGCACAGUUCUGAAGCCCUGAAAGCUGCCAAACUUUCAACUGUGUUGCGGUCACAAGGGACACCCUCCAUGUUCAGUCAAGAAGUGGUGGGAUACAAAGAUGAGGCAGAACAGUUAAUCUGUCAACUUACCAGAGGAUCAAAACAGUUGGACAUUGUUUCUAUUGUUGGCAUGCCAGGACAGGGUAAGACAACUUUAGCUAACAAAGUCUACCAUGAUGCUUUAAUUACAUGCCAUUUCCAUACUCGUGCUUGGUGCUGUAUUUCUCAAGUAUAUCAAAAGCAAGCUGUGUUAUUGGAGAUUUUGGCUUGUAUUGAGCCUGAGAGUAAUUUGUCUAAGCUGGAUGAAGAUUACCUUGCUCAUUAUCUGUAUAGACGUUUGAAGCGAAACAGGUAUCUCCUAGUUUUGGAUGACAUUUGGGACAUUAGGGCAUGGAAUUGUUUGGAAAGAUCAUUCCCAGAUGAUGCUAAUGGAAGUAGAAUUCUUUUAACGAGCCGAAUUCAUAACUUAGCUUUGGAAGUCAAACCAACAACUAAACCUCUCCCUCUUCGCCAACUCACCGACGAUGAGAGCUGGGAAUUAUUACAGAAGAAGCUAGCCGAAAGAAACGGCCAUCCUCCAGUGAAAAGUGUUUUGGGGCUGCACUUAGCUAAAGGUUGUAAAGGACUACCUUUAACAAUUGUCAUCAUAGCAGGAGUUCUUGCAACUUUAGACGAAGACGGUUGGGAAGAAGUGGCAGAGAUGCUAAGCUCAAAAGUUGUUUGCGGUACAGAACAAUGCAUGGAUAUAUUAGAGUUGAGCUACAUACAUUUACCGAAGCAUUUAAAGCCAUGCCUUCUUUACUUUGGGGCAUUUCUGGAAAACCAAGAAAUUCCUAUCUGGAGGUUGAUGCGGAUGUGGAUAGCGGAAGGAUUCGUACACAAGACUGAGCCAAAGAGCCUGGAGGACACGGCUGAGGACUAUAUAAUGGAUCUAAUUGGUAGAAGCUUGGUUAUCGUUAGUAAACAGAAAUCCACGGGUACAGUGAAAGCUUGCCGCAUUCACAAUUUGCUUCACGAAUUUUGUGUGACAAAAGCUAAAGAGCAGAAAUUUCUCAAGUUGAGACAUUGUUAUGCUGAAAUUCUUAAUUUUGAUGAGCCAAGCAACACCCAUCGAUUGUUUGUUUACACCAAAGGGAAGAACUUUGAGAAGUCAAGGCUGUUUUGUCCCCUUCUACGUACUCUCCUGGUCUCUGCUCAAUUUCAGGAAUAUAAAAUUCAAAGCAAUUUCCAUUUCGUUGUUCGGAUUUUCAAACGUCUUAGAGUGCUGGAUUUUGCGAAAAUUAAUCUGGGUUCCAUUUUUCCUGGUGAAAUAGCAUUGCUUGUUCAGUUAACAUUCUUGGCAGUUGGGGGCACCAUGGAAUACAUCCCAUCAUCAAUAGCCAACCUCUCGAAAUUGGAAACUUUUCUUCUAGAAUCACGGCAUCAUAUUCUUUCAUUGCCUGACAGUAUUUGGAAUAUGCAGACAUUGAGGUAUCUACAUGCAAGUGGCAGCUUUUUUAAUCUUAGUUUGGCAGAAGACAAUGAUGAUAGCUCCUCAGAUUUAUAUAAUUUGCACACAUUUUCAGCUCUAAAUCUUAUAUUGGGACAAAACGUGAACAAAAUAAUCGCCAAGUUUCCAAAUAUCUGCAAACUAAAAUGCAGAUUCAAGGAGACAAAAGAAUCAGUUGGGGAAUGGAGCAAGAUUGUGGUAAUGGACUUUCUGACACGACUGGAGUCUCUGAACCUGUCAUUUGGUAUUGUGGGUGAGAAUCCUUAUGAGUUCCAUUUGCCCUCAAAUCUGAAAAAGUUGACUUUGAAGGAAUUUCCUUGGAGUAUAAUUUCCACAACUCGAAAACUUCCUAAUCUUCAAGUGCUCAAGUUAGUGGGUGCAGAAAGAGGUGGGACGGAAAUAUGGAACAUGGAAGAAGGGGAAUUCCCUAAACUCAAGUUCCUAAAAUUGGUUUCCUUGCGCAUUGUGAGGUGGACAGGCUCAGGUGAUCAUCUUCCUUGUCUUCAGAAAUUAGUCGUGGAAGGCUGUGGAAAAUUGGAACAGCUCCCUUCAUGUUUAGGGGAUACUCUGACUCUUGAAAAGAUUGAGGUGCGUCGGUGUCGACCAUUUGUACGAAGUUUAGUCUGCGAGAUAGAGGAAGAACAGAUGAGCUGGGGAAAUGACAAUCUGAAGAUCCAUAUCUUAGAGGAGAUUGAGGAUUCAUCUUCAUCAGAUUCAGAUAAUGGGAGAUAUGUUCUGUUGUAGGAGGAGUGCAAAAUCAAUUGUGGCAGAAGUUUGUGAAUUUCAGACAUGUCUCUGAGUUUCACUAGAGGUUCGCUCGCUGUCCCAAAAUGUUGGAGCAGGGCAUUUAUUAUCGCUUUUCUGGUAACUAGAUGGGCAUUGUCUAGGUUUGUACUUUAGCUGAUGAGUAAUACUGAUAAACUUAUUAGCCUUUCUUUCCCUUUGUUACAGGUAGUUCGAGUUCCUCUAUAUUUGAGCUAAAUAUUGUACGAAAUUUUCUGGU